AUUGUCUGAAUGAUGAUAACGAACAGUUUGACUCAUUCUCCGUAUCCGGCACGAUCUCGUCUGCCAUCUAGCCGUCGUCACUGUCCCAUCUCUCAGUCUCUCCUUCGACGAAAUUCAGACCUGUUCGGCUCGGUGCCUUUUUAACAUCACCUGAGAAGCUCAAACAUCUUACAACUUGCAACUACCCAUAAUCAGGAUCGAAUAAAAAUGGCAACAACAGCUUUAGCCCAGGAGAAAGUUUGGGUCGAAAAAGCGGUGUACGACAAAGCGGAGUGCCAAUAUUUUGAAAGGCUGGCAAAGCCUGCGCAAUGUUACCAAGUGACCACUAAUACCGGUACUGGGAUUUGGACAAACUGCGACAAUCUGGUGGCUGCUGAUACCCAAAAUCAAAUAAUUCCCAAUCCAAUGUUGCAAGCUAUAUCGAAAAAAUCUAAAAAGAACAAGUCUCCAGUAACGGAAACUACUGAAAUCUUAAAUACAUUCGAAAAAAAGAUCGAAGAUGGUCAAAAUAAUGAAGACCCUAACGAAUUCAAACCCAAGGAAGCAAAAGAGAAAAAAAACAAGGCUGACAAAAAACACGGCAAUAAAAAAGAGCCGAAGAAACUUAUUAAAGAACAAAAAGAAUCUGAUUAUACAACUAAUUUGUCUGAGAAUAAGUUAAAGCCUGUCGCAGAUAAUUCGAUGGAAGGGGCACAAAGUUCAUGUUCGGUCGUACCUGCGCGCGGAACUCUGGCCAACGAAAUUGCCAAAGCUCGUCGGCACAUUAAACAGUCAUUGCAGUGUGUCAAUAGUAUUGCUUCAAUCGCCGGCAGUCCCACUCAAGAAUGUGUUUCACGAGUUGCUGUGUUGGAAAAGGAAAACCAGGAACUCCAAAAUAUUGUUGCCGAACUCAAGUCCGUCGUUGCAAAGCUGGAUGAGCGUGUUAAGAUUCUUGAAGACCGACCUUGGUUCGAUCCGAUGAGAAUCGCGAUUUGUCCACCUAAACCUCCUUCCCCUGUGCAAGCUGUUGAGGCCGACGAUGAGAAAGAUGAUGUCGAUUUAUUCGGCUCCGACUCUGAGGGUGAAGAUGAUGCUGCAGCUAAAUUGCGAGAGGAACGUGUAGCUGCAUAUGCCGCUAAAAAAUCAAAAAAGCCUGCUUUAAUUGCCAAAUCAAAUAUAAUACUCGAUGUAAAACCCUGGGACGAUGAAACAGACAUGAAGGCCAUGGAAGCAGAAGUCAGAAAAAUUGAAACCGAUGGCCUGCUUUGGGGGGCUGCAAAAUUGGUGCCACUAGCCUAUGGAAUCCGCAAGCUUCAGAUUUCCUGCGUAGUUGAAGAUGACAAAGUAUCCAUCGAUUGGCUGACAGAGCAGAUUGAAGCCAAUGAGGACUUUGUUCAAAGCGUUGAUAUAGCAGCGUUCAACAAAGUUUAAUACGCAUUGAAUUCAGCAUAUGUUAAAUGAUUUUAAAUCUAUCUAUAUUUGACUGAUACAGCGACGCAUGUUUGGUCACCAUACAGCAACUAUACACAAGGCAUGAAAAUCCCGUUACGGUAAUUCAUUGUCAUUCCACUAGCAAUAUCAUCGAUAUAUGAAAUGUUAAAUUAAGAAAUUUGUCAAAUGUCUGGUCCAUUAUAUCUGUAUUCAAGUCAUCGAGUCAAAGACGCAGAAAUUUGGUAAACAAUCGUCUUGACGCUGUUGAAAUCAUCUGGUUUUUAUUGUCAUUAUGUUGAAUAAACUGAAAACUUAGAUAAA